AUGACGGUGUGUCGGGUCACAGUGCUACCGGAGGACCUUGUGGAGAAGCCAGUGGAGCUAUCAGAGGCAGAGCAGAAGAAGUUGGCAGCCAAGGAGGCGGAAUGGUCCAAACUCUUUGGAGAGCCACGGGCUUUGUUAGCCUCAGAAACAGAUGUCGAAAUGCGCCUGGUGAGCCAUUCGAAUGGCUAUCCAGCACAGGGCGCACAGCAGCGCUUUCAGGAACUGCUCCAACCAAAGGAGAAGAAGGGAGGCCUGGCGGAGCGGUGUAAGGCUGAAGAGUUGGACGGCUUCAUCGAGCGCGUGGCCUCGAAGGGCGCGGCCGGCUGUCGCCUGGAAGUCGACAUCCGAAACUUUGCUCCUGCAUACAUUACGCGCUUGGAAACCGCCACGGAUGUUCUGAAGAGCAAGAUCGUGGUGAAUGUCUUCCAGCGAAAGUUCGAGCUGCCGCAGGCACCCCGGGGUGAUGAGCCCAGCAGAGCUCGGCUGGAUGCCAGCUGGGGCCUGCAGCCGCGGGCAACUGUGAGAGGCUUUGUGAAGGUCCACACCCAAUGGUUCAUGGUGCUGGAGAAUGCGCGUCUUCCAGCCCAUCAGGAGUGGCCCUUAGCGGGUGGCAUGUAUCCCACCAAUCUGAAGCCCGAGGUGCACCAUCAUCGGAGCAAGUGGGCGAGUUUCCAUUCCUUAGUGCAGCCAGAGGCUGUCACUUCAGGGGGCGGGUCUCUCAUCGGCUCCAUGUUGCUGGGCUUCCCCAAGUUUUACUUUAUCUUUGACGGCAAGCAGGUCUCGGUCAAUGCGAACACCGUCACGCAGUAA